UGCAAAUUGGUUCAUCUUCAGAAACUCACAGCGCAGGCUCACAGCAGAAAUCAAAAAAAAAGAUGGAAAACAACAACAACAAACAACUCAAACAUCUCAAGGAACUCAUCAGAAGAAUCACCAACAACAACCAACAACAACAACAACAAUACUCAGUCUACCAACAAAAACUAAACAACAACAACCCAACAACAACAACAACAACAACCAACCAAUCACUCAACACAAUAGCAGAACAGAUCAAACAACAUCUCCAACUAGAUCCAAACCAACCAAUACAAGCCAUCCAACACUUCACCUCACUACUCACCAGACUCAGUCCACUCUCUCAUCCAAAGGAGAAAACUGCAACACUCAAAUUCCUACUAGCACUAGCACCAAAACAACAACAACAACAACAAAAGCAACAACAACAAGAACCACCAACCAUCAUCGAAAGAUUACCAUCAACUGAAACAACUCAACCACAACCAUCAGCAGCCCAGAGACUCAAACAGUAUCGCAAACAACAUGCAUAUCCAGCCCAUCUACCAGAACAUCUCCUACUCAGGGACAUGAUCUACCUCCUACAGGGAAUCGAUGGCCGAUACAUCUACUUCAAAUCAUCAAACUCCGAGGACGAGAGCUGGGAGGAAGGCGGGAUUGGCUUCAAGGAACCCACCCAUCAUCAACUCAUCACUCUCCCACAACGAGACCUCAUCCUCAAACUCACCGAGCUCGGAUGGCUCUACAAGAAGAUCGAACGGGCAAUCGACCAGCCAGAGGCCAACAUCGGAACCGUCCAACAAGCCUUCGCCUUUGCACUCAAGGAAGAACUCGGCACCUACUAUCGCGCCAUCGCGAUCAUCCAGUCCCAUCUCAGCUCAGACCCUUCAACCACCCUCUCCUCAAAGGCACUCCUCCUCCAUCUCACUCCCACCGUCCUCAGACUCAGGAUGUCCGCCGCCCUCAUCUCGGCCACCAAGGGGAUCCGUGGCGGCCAGAUGAUCUCAGUCCUCCACUCCUACACCGACCAUGGUGACCCCGUCGUCCAUCUCUUCACCUCAAACUUGCUCGAAAAAGUUAGCGUCCCCUGGUUCAAAACUCUCGUCAGUUGGAUGUGGGACGGCGAACUGGUGGACCCGAUCGAAGAAUUCUUCAUCAUCCUCAAUCCGGCCUUCGAUCGUAAAACCAAUAACAAUCAUCAUCUCCACAAUAACCUCGAUCAACUCGAUCAUCUUCAUCAGCUUCCCGGUGAUGGAUCGAACGUCUGGCAGAAAAAAUUCAGCUUUCGAAAAGAAAUGAUCCCUAGUUUCAUCAGUGAAGGAUUUGCAAGAAAGAUCUUCUCGACAGGUAAAUCGUUAAACUUCAUAAGACAUUCCUGUGGAGAUUACGAAUGGCAUCAGACCCGCUCGAACAUCUACCAAGCCUCCUCGAAAGCCUCCUUACAUUACAAGGACAUCACCGGGCUACAGCAGACGAUCGACUCGACCUACUCGAUCGCGACCCGUCAACUGUUCAACAUCUUCUUCGUCAAGCUGAAGCUACUCGACCAUUUCAAGGCGGUGAAAGACUAUCUGUUAUUAGGCCGAGGGGAUUUCAUCAGUCUGUUGAUCGAGACAUUAGGACCGAGUCUCAACAAGCCGGCCAACACGCUCUACCGACACAACCUGACGGCGACGCUCGAGUCAGCCAUCCGGGCAACCAGCGACGAACGUCUCUUGCUCAACCGCCUCGACGUACGUAUGUUGGAGUUCUCGCCCGCUGAGUCCGGUUGGGACGUCUUCAUGCUCGAGUACAAGACCGAGAAACCCCUCGACGUCGUCCUCUCCGCCUCAGCUAUGGAAAAAUAUAUGCGCAUGUUCAGGCUCCUUUGGAAAAUGAAACGGCUCGAAUACUCGCUCGAUCGGGCUUGGAAAGUGGUCAUCUUGGGCGUCAAUCGGGCCCUCAAACACCUCCAUUGUUUAAGGGGAGAUUUCCACAAAGCAAGACUAGUGAUCUCAGAGAUGAUCCACUUCAUCCGUCAGCUCCAGUCCUACUGUCAUCUCGAAGUCAUCGACUGUGGAUGGCAAGAGUUCGAGAAGAAGCUGACGACCGAGGGCGGCGAUCUCGACUCGCUCAUCGAGGGCCAUGCCGCUUACUUGGAUCGGCUCGUCUCCAAAGGGUUGUUGCUUAGUACUCGCGUCGGCAAAGAGAAUACCUGUCUUUUAUUGGCUGAAGCGUGUUUCAAAGUGAUCCUCGAAUUCAAAGAUUCAAUCGAUAAUUUGUAUGCCUACGGGUUAUCGAAAUCCGCUAGACUAGCCACUGAUCAACAAGGCACGAAAUCCAAGCGUCCAAAAUAUGAAGAUUCGGAAGAAGAAGGGGGCGGAUAUGAUUCGGAUGAGGAAAGACGAGCAGGCGAGGGCGACGAAGAGGAGCAGUCGUCGGCCGAUCGGAGCAGCGAGAUCCAACUGGAAUCGAUCCGCAUCCAGCUCUCCAACCAUUCCAAGAGGUUCACCGAGCUGGUCUUGGACCUGAUCUCUUCGCUCUCUACCCAGCAAGACUCCGAUAUGAAAUUCCUGGCCGUCAGACUGAACUUCUCCCUGUUCUACAUGCGCACCUCCAAGAGCUCCGCUUCGUCUUCCUUGGCCGUCCCUCCUCAUCCUUCGGGCUCGAAAACCUCCGCCAAUCCGAUCCCUCCGACUUCCAGAUCGUCGGUCAAUUAUGACUCCCGCGCUUCCGCCCCGCUUCACGUUCAUCGGCCGUUGUCUUAUCAGAUCCCGAAGAGAACUAACUGAUCAUCCUUGAUCGGUUUUCUAAAGAGAUUCAUGCCCGAUCGAAUUCAUCCCCAACACCUCUCUUUUUUUUCUCUCUCUCUGACUUGGGCGUCUCAAGAAGAGCCUUUCAUCAUACAAGCUUUACUUUUUGCCUCCAAGUCUUCCCAAGUUUUUUUUU